CCCGGAGGAGGCGGAUCUGAGGAAUCAAACUCACCUCCCAUUCCCGCGGAUAACUGCAAGAACUUGCCGGACUUUAUGGUUACACCUCUCACUCGCGUGGGAAGAAGUGCAAAAGGUGAGGAUUACUGCUUCGCCAAGUGGAACAAGGGUGUCUUCAUCAAAGAGAUCGAAGCCGUGGCGAGUUCGGGUUCUCUCCGCUAUAUCCGAGUGGUUUACACAGACGGGACGAUUCAGGAAGCAGGCAAGAAAGUCGCAGACGACGGCAAGCAUCGCUUCGGUACUGUGAAAUGGGACCCUUGGCGCGACUAUUUCAACGAGUUCUCCAUGAACGAUGGUGGCUUCAACGGCGGCGUCGGGCGGAUAAAACUCGAGAUGUCGAACAAGUGCGGCGGUGAUACAACUUGUCGACUUGACGCUGGAGGUUACUGGGACAAGCCGCCUGUCAUGCAAAGAAUACCUCGCGGCAGUUCAGAUCAGGGAAUGCUCUUGGGCAUUCAACUCAACGCAGGCGACGUUAUUGAAUACCUGACACCAAUGUUCUCCAAGGCCAGGCCUGAGAAAGUCACUCUUGGCGAACCCAGCUUUGAACCAACAUUCGAGGAACUCAACUCGAAGCCUUUUGAUGAACGCCAGCUGGAGGUUGUCAGGACCUCUCACGUUUUGUAUAACCGCCGAGCAAACAAACCCGUCGAAAUGGGAAUCGAUCUCUACCUCCAAGUCGAGCAAGGUACCAAGGUCAACUGGCAGAGCCAGACGGGAAAGGAGUGGGGCGGCGAGCUGGGGGGUACCAUUGGAGGCGGUUUCGAUUGGGAAGUUGGUCUUCCUGAGAUGGUCUCGGGUAAGAUUAAUGGCAAGCUGGAUAUCACUGGCAAGUGGGUUAUUAAGAAUGUCAAGAUGGAUUUUGACGGCGGAGAGAACUCCACUAUAACCCGGACCAUGAGUAGGGUCACUGUCAACACUGUAGUUGAUCCAGGGGAGGCAGCCUUGUGCCAAGUGGUCGCCAUUCAAAGCAAAGCUAAUAUCCAAUACCACUCCAUGAUGACACAGCAUUUUUCGAACGGUGAUUCGUACUCGUAUCCUGUACAAGGCGUGUUGAGGGACAGUCGUGUCACGGAGGCUAUUUCGAUAUGCGAAGAUGUAAACGAGGACAACAAGGAGGAGGCAGCGGCUGCUGAUUUCGUCAUCGAGCAGAGUGGUACAUAUUGUAACGAUGGUACAAGGGUUGGUGAUACUGGCAUGUCGGAUGAGGAGUUGCGCAAGGCUUGU